AGCGCAGCGUGUUCGUACGCAGAUUCAGUCGAUCUGUCGGCGCCGACCGAUAAGCAUCGGGCGAUUUUGUUUGAUUUCGCGACAACAGACCGAACGCAAUUACCGUAUUUCGUCGCGACGAGAGCACAUCUUUUGGACAAACGAGGAUCUUACGUGAAAGGCGGCGCUUCAGGGACACUCUUUUCUUUCCCAUCGAGAAAGGCGUAAAUUAGUAUUGAAUGUAGACUAUAACGCGCGAAGUUGAGAAGCAACUUCGGCAAAAUUGAAAUUUACUGCGUGCGUUAAUUCAGCGUUAAAUCCCUGACGUGGUGUUACAAGGGCGUGAGCCCUUAACAUUGUUGCAAGUGAUUUGCUGUUAUGUAACGCGAUCGAGCGCGAAAAGUAAAAAAAUAAUUGGUGCAUCGUGUGCGCCUCUUGGAGGAGUUCCAUUUGUGCGGGACCAUCCCGGGGUGAAAAGCGCGGCUGGGAAACCUCCUGUGUCUUGAGCGAGCAGGUCUAUGCCGCGAACUUUCAAGGAAGAUGUCAACGACACCUUUGAGAUUAGAGGAUGGUAUUCGCCCACGAGAUUGGCAACCGCGAAAAUCAAGUUAUAAAGUACCUUUAAGACUGAUGCGACUAUGUUUGCUGGGAAUGCUUCUGCCGUUCGUACUCAUUGUUGGGCCGCUGUAUCUGCGAUACCGCGUGUACUCCGAGCAGCUAUAUGCUUUAGCAAUAUCAGAUCAGAGACUGAUCGAUCGCAAAGUGUCUACCGUUUGGUGCCAAAGUCAAGUGAUCAAAGUUAACGCCACGUUCAACGCGUACCUGAUGAGCAACGAGCCAGUAGUCGAAAAAGAAGCGAAACCGAUUUCAAUGACGAGACACCUCAUCAUGGAGGACGAUAUGAAGGAAUAUUGGGGAUUUUAUCUACUACAUGGCAGUAGCGUCACUGUUUCAGCUUGUGUAAGAUGGCCGGGUGCUUCUUUAACAAUAAUUCGGGGCUUCAAGAAUCUACACGAAUGCGCCUUUAUCGGAGAUGACAGCAGCGAGGAACUCGAGGAGCUCGUUGAAGUCGCUAAAGAAGAAGGUCUUCUUAAUCUAAAAAGAACUACGGAGACAGCGCGUCUUAGUAAUGUACCGGAUAAAAUGAGACGAGCAGAUCAGGACGUACAUUUUUAUCACGAGGACAGGGCUCUUCGUUUGAACGCUUCUAAAUCGGCUGAUCAUCAGCUGGGCAGCCACGAGUUGGACGCUGAAACGAUGCGGAAUAUACUCACCCAGCUUUUGGCCAAGACCGAUCAUACAAAGAAGAAGCAGAGAGAAAAUCCGCAUCAUCAUUACGAAGCGGUCUUCAAGGAUAUCAGUAAUAUCGACAAACCAGCGACAAAUUAUCCUGGAAACUUACAGGACCAACUUCGCAAAGAGCUGAUAAACCAAUUUGAAUCCGAUAAUAAAGAAAUGUCAAAAAAUAGUGCAAAAUUCACGCCAUUGUCUUCGAAAACACCAGUUUCUCCCCAAGAGGAGCAAUACAAUCACGGAGAAUAUGAGACCCAACGAAAUUCCACCAUUUCUUCUAACCUUCGUCCGAAUUCUACAGUAUCCAGUAAGGACACGGAGUCCGGUACAGUACGAGAAGCCGUGAAAGAGGAAGAAGAGUUGAAAACCGAACAGGCAAACUUUGAGGAGGUGUUUCAAGAUGUUCUGCGAAAAAUCAAUUCCUUAGGUGACCGUGGUAAACAAAUGUUGCAUAAAUUGAUGGAUACAAUUGACGCGCAAGCCGGCGCCAAAGGUGCUGCGUUGAAACAAUUGGUAAACGAUGCGAUGAAUGACGAGAAAUUGUCGCGCGAAGGUAAACGGAGAAGAAGAAGAGAUUUAGUCCUUUCGUCGCCGCUUUAUCAGGAGUUAACAGAGGAGGACGAAGAUGGUGACGCGGCGGUGGAAGAGGGUAUGUUGCAUCCAGAUGGUAUUGCAGAGGAUCGAGGUACCGUGAAUGAGACAACUUUGAACGAUAGAAGUAACUCCGAGUUCUGGAGCUCAUUUAGCAGUUCCGAAGAACGGCUGCUGGAAUGUAAAGGCCUUAUCCUAAAUUUACCUUUGACCCCGCAUCGUUUUUGUACGCCCAAACACGAAAGUGAUCAUUCUACCGCUUCCUUCGCUAAUACGGUGACAUAUAGAGUACCUCUAAAUGGAUAUUAUUUCUUUGUGUUUAACUCGGAAAAUGAGGUUCAACCUAAUUAUGUGAGGGUAAAAUUUGAUCUUUUAAAGACGGUUUACAACACUUCGAAUCCCGUGCACGCAUGUAAAAACAGCACGACAGAAUGCUCGUUGCCGUUUAAAAUAUUCAGCAAUGAAAGAACAGUGUUAGAACUGCCAUUAAGUGGAAAUGAUUCCCAAUGGAAUGAAGAAUAUAUUGGUGUGUCUGAAUGCGAGCCAAGAACGAUGGUUUAUACUAUUUGUGUAAUCAUGGUGCCUUUGCUUAUCCUUUGCUUCGCUUUUCACUAGCAGAUUGCGUUAUCAACAGUAUUUACAUUUUCGCUACCUAAUCAUGGUUUGCUAAAAAUAUUUUGCUGCCAUAACUAUAAGUUUCUAAACCACAGCGAAUGGUUUGCUGUCGCACCUAGCACAAUAGGCACAGUAUUCAGCAAGUAGCAAAAAUAUUUAGCCAUUACAACUAAAUAUUAACUGUUCAUAUUUUACAACUGACAUUUAGUUGUCACAUGCAGGUUUCAGCUACGGCAGCUACAUUUUUCUUUCCAUAUUUCUAUUGACAUAAUUGAUAACAUUGUUAUUGCACCAAAGCCAUUUGAAAAAGGAAGGAUACUAAUGACAAUAAUAAUAAUUUAAUAAUAAUAAUUUAGUACUUUUUACUACAACUGUGUGAAUUAUUAUAAUAAUCGGAAAUACUAAUACCGCCUUUAUUCGUUGUGAUAAAAGUAAAAGAAAGAAAAGUUAAAAACAAGUUUUAACAACGAAUCUAGUAAACGUUUGAAAGUGAAAUAUAAAAAAUAUAUAUGUAUAUUAAUAAUAAAAGAAUGAAUAUUUUCUGUGGGAAGUGACAAAACUGUGUAACGCAUGCAAUUAAAUAUUGAUUUUCUAAUUUCUUGAGAAUUUUACUUUUCAUCUUUUAAACUAAAAUUUAUGUACGGUUAAAUAUAUCGAUUUAUUUACUGACAUAAUCUUACAAAAACUUUUAAUAAUUAAUGCAAUAUUUUGACUAAUUUUAUUUAUAUAUUUUUGACAUGUGUUUGAAUCCUUCCUUAAUUUAGAUACGUAACGUAUAAAAGUAUUUUUAAUUUAUCAACUAAUUGCCUAUUUAUAAAACUUGGCUCGACAUAGUUAUAUAAUAUUCACGUGAAAAACGGUUUUGUUAAAGUGUUAAAAACUUUAAAAUUAGUGUUAAAGUGUUGUUGUUAAAGUGUUAAAAACAGAUGUAAAAAUAAUUAUAUUGAACGCUUAAAUCGGUCGCUAGAAUGUCAAAAUUUUAUACAGCAUUAUCAUUAUGCUUAAAUAUCGUAUCUAAUUGUUUUAGUGGUGCGAUAUAAUUAUUUUUAAAUCUGUAUCUAGCUCAAUUUAGAUAUACUUCAGCAAGACCAUUCUUUUCGUGUAUGAAUUCUACGUGACAUGCUGUGAUUGUGUGUUUUUAAUACAAACUCAUGUACAGAUUUUCACUCAAUGUUUUUUUCUAUAUGUAUUUAUAGUAAAGCUAUAGUUUGUAAAGAUGUGCGGGUUUCUGGAAUUAGUUUGACAAAACAAAAUAAGCUUCUAUUCUUUUAUAUAAGAGACUAAUUAAUGUUGUCGCGACACGCCUAGUUAAUUCUACGUAUUUGAAAAUCUGUAGAAUUAUCCAAAUUUAUCGAAUAAUUAAUUGAUUAAAAUUUGGAUGUGAUUUGAGUCAUAUUUUUGCAGAUACUCGCAUAUCUAAAGCCUGGUUUCAUCAACGUCGAUUAAUUUUCAUCUUAUCUCAACUCCUUCUUUGUCUCUUUCUAAGGAGGCUAUUAGAAAGAAUAAGUUAAGCUGACGUUAAACUUAAGCGAUGCUGAAACCGAGCCUAAAAAAUUUUAUAGUAUUUUACAUAGUCAUCAGAAAUUAUUGAAUUCUACUGUAAACAUAGGCGAUUGCACAAAAUCAUUUUCAAACUGACGAAAGAAGCUGUGAUCGCAACUCGGUAGUUCUACGACUCAAUUGAUUCAAUUGACAAACCGCUGAAUUAUAUGUAUGUAUCGAAGGCUGAAAAUUUUAGAUUGCAGUUAAUCUCGAGAUACUAUAAUUAGAAGACGAAGCUCUAAUUGUGAAGAGUAGAUUUAAAAGUUAUACGUUUAUUAGAUCUACUUGAUCUAUAUUUUUUUAAGUACUGUGAGUAUACGUCGCGUAAUCGCUACUGGCUGUUGCACAAAUGUUCUAGAUUAUUUGCGAUUCAUACGCGUGCUUUGAGUGAUACAAGAUCGUGAUACUGAAUGAGAUAUCGCAUCUAAUUCAACCUUCUACCAUGAAGUUAAUUGUUAAGGCUAAUGUCCGAUAAAUUAAAUUGUAAUACAUUGUUACAAUUAAUUGUAAGUGCACGGUAAAAUUAGUAGUUGAAUUCUGUAAAUAAAACGAUCUAUUAAAGAAUCGCAUGUAAGUAUCAA